ACUACUACAAACUUGCCAGCAUUAUCGUUUCUACGCUGAAGUCUCGCGACAACAUACGUUACCUGAGCUGGUUGCUAGCCGUGUUACCUGAGGCUCGGAACCGGAGCAAGAGACCGGGGACAAGAGGCGACUUGAGAAUGUCAUUGAAUGAAGAGGGUUACGUGGUCAGGAUCAGAGGACUACCCUGGUCCUGCACGCAGGAGGAGGUGGCCAGUUUUUUCUCUGAUUGUGACAUCGUUGGGAAAGUAAAUGGGGUGUGUUUCACCUACUCUAAAGAAGGCCGUCCCAGUGGAGAGGCAUUUAUUGAGCUGAAAACAGCAGAGGAUUUUAAGAAUGCCCUUGCGAAGGACCGUAAAUACAUGGGACACCGAUACAUAGAGGUGUUCAAGUCCAACCUUAGUGAAAUGGACUGGGUGCUGAAACGUAACGGUCCUGCUGACUAUGACAGCUGCAGUGGCUGCAUGCUGAGACUUAGAGGCCUGCCCUUUGGCUGCAGCAAGGAAGAGAUUGUUCAGUUCUUCUCAGGGUUGAGAAUCGUGCCAAAUGGGAUUACUCUGCCAGUGGACUACCAGGGGAGGAGCACAGGGGAAGCCUUCGUGCAGUUUGCCUCAAAGGAGAUAGCAGAAAAGGCUCUGGGGAAACACAAGGAAAGAAUAGGGCACAGGUACAUAGAGAUUUUUAAGAGCAGCCGAAAUGAGAUCAGAGCCUAUUAUGAGCUUCCCCGACGGGGAAUGGGAGGCCAGAGACCAGGGCCCUAUGACAGACCUCUGGUAGGAGGCUCCAGGACGGGGUUCUUUGGGGCCGGGGCCGGCCGUGGUGGGGCUCUGAUGGACACUGUGAGGAGUGGAGGAGGCUAUGGAGGUUACAGUGACUUUGACCACUACAAUGGAUUCAGCAGCUACUGCUUUGGCAACGGCAUGUUCGAUGAGCGAGUGAGAGGAGAGAGGGGAGGAAGAGGGGUGGGAAGCCACAGUUACAGUGCUCAAAGUGACAGCGGCUCAGGCUUUCACAGUGGCCAUUUUGUCCAUAUGAGGGGUUUACCUUUCCGUGCCACAGAGGGAGACAUUGCUAAGUUCUUUGCUCCCUUGAAUCCACUGAGGGUUCACAUUGACGUGGCUCCUAGUGGCAAGUCGACUGGAGAGGCAGAUGUGGAGUUUCGCUCCCACGAAGAUGCUGUGGCGGCCAUGUCCAAAGACAAGAAUCACAUGCAGCAUCGUUACAUUGAGCUGUUCCUCAACUCCACAUCCAGCGGAGCAGCUGAAAUGAGUCGUGGUGGUGGUUACUAUGGUAACUCAGGAGGGGGCGGAGGCUCACGUAGCAGUGGACUGCGUGGCACAUACUGAUGAUGUCAUCCAACUCUUCCAAUCCACCAUGGCGUUUGUCUCGCAUCUCUUUAGGCCACAUUUACUUGAUUAAUGUUUAUAAGCAGGAAAGCUGAUAGUCACUGUUAGUUAUUUAACAGCUAUUUUAAUAUGAGGUGCAGUAUACCGUCACCUCAGACCAAAAAUGACCAUAAUAAGCACUAUUAUUACACCAUUCCUUAAAACCAUGAAGAACAAAACGUGACAAUAGUGAAACGUUAAAGGUACUGAACACGGUUAAUGGGGAGUAUUGGAUUCUUUUUAAAAUAGCUGGAUAUUUUAUUGUAGUUUUUCAUGAUUCACAAGAAAAGUGCAUUUUAUGUAGUGAUCCAACUAAGAGAAAUCAAACACCUCUUUAUUUUUCCACAGUUUUGAUGCAUAGGACAGUAAGGACAAUAACCGUGUGUUAUGGGUUUUAGUGACUUACCUCUAAUCCACACUGAAAGUGCACAUACGCGCGUCUCACUCUGCAGUUAGAAUUGCACUGUCAAAUUUGUCAGUCGACACUGAAUCUGAGACUUGCAUGAGUCGCACAUCUCCCGUAGAACCCUAUUGUUUUUUUAUGCUUCGUGUCUGCUUUUGUCCUCUGCUGCAUUUAGUGCGUUUAAAUCACACCUAUCCUGUUGUUUUCUGUUUCUACUGGCAUCGGUUACGACUGAUCAGGCUGCUUGAGUUUCACUUUGUAACGAGCCGAGCAAAAUCUGUAAAUCCAUAGGCUACAUAAAAAUGUGAUUUCUUCCUAAUGAGCAUAGACAAACUCUAGUUGUUCACUACACUUGUGUUGUUAGCCGGCCUGUAAAGACUUCGCCCAGCCACUGUCCUGAUACGGAACAUGCCACUCGCGUCUCGCUUUUAGUGUGGAUUCCCAGUUAGUUGGAAUGCACUGUAAUGAUAUAUCUGUUGUGUAGCAGGGAGGCAGAGCUUCGUAGGACACAGUAAAACUUAGAUAACCAGGAAUAGUUUUGAUUGUCACUUGACUGCUGUCACUGCUUUGGCUUGAAUGAUGUAUUGAGGUGAGUGAAAUAGGAUAGAAUAGAGCAGUGACAAGCUGUAAGAAAUUCAGAUUUAAAAAAGUUUUUAAAAUUUUUUCAGAUUAGUAAUCCACAGUUUAAACCUGAUUUCAGAUCAGCUUUCCUGCUUUGACAAGUUAUAAAUGCGAGCCUUUGUGUUUUUUAUGAAUGUUUUCACAGUUCAUUACAAAAUUGAAUAUUAUAUUCCACUCUCAAAGAGCGGAAGUAAAAUAGUCUAUAUUUGAGCUGUAAGAUAGCUUAUGCAGCUGUUGUACAUUUUUGCCUAAUAAAUUUUAUAUUUAAUUCUC